GCUUUAGUUUUUACCACUCAGGUUUCAUCAUGCAGUUGCUUCUCUGACAUCCAUGCGGGCUGUAGGCGGCGCCUGCCCCGCUCCCCGACAGCUGGUGUCACCGCUGGGAGCGCGUCCUGCCGGAGCUCGGCCCACUGUCCGCCUAUAAAUACCGGAGCGCUGAGCUCCUCCACACUCAGACUCUCCUGCUCUGAACCAGCUACAGCCGCUCCGGCUCUAACAGCGCGCACCGAGCAGCUCAGCAUCGUCCGAGUUGGAGCGCCACGUCCGGAGCCGCGAAGCGCCAGGAGAAAAGCAAGAGUCGAGAUGUCUUCCUACAUGUCCUCUGAGUCCCGCCGGGUCAGCCCCUCUGUCCACGGCAACAAGUUCGACACGGCGCACCGCAAGAAGGCCGUGGCCAACAUCUUCGAGAACGUGAACCAGGACUCGCUGAUGAGACUCUUCCAGAAAACGGGAGACAUGAAGGCGGAGGAGAGGGUGCGGAGCAUCUUCUCCUACACGCAGGACCCGGAGGAGACGGCCCGGGCGCUGAUGGCUCUGAAGCAGCGGAAGAAGGACAAGUUCCUCCGGAUCGCGGGGAUGGUCCGGCAGCUGCUCAAGCUGCGCUGACUCCCCCACCAGGCAGUCGUCUUUCACCGCUCGUGUCUCAAUGUCUCGGCUCUGGGAUGAGCAAAGCGAGAAAACAUUCCCGAUGUGACUGGGGGACGCCACCGUAGGCGGAUGCCCGAGAAGGCGCCGCCGGGGCAGCGCCGUGGCAGCUGCGGCGUUACGGACGGAGGAUCCGCCGGCAGCGGAGCCCUGCCUGGAGCAGGCGGGGCAGCUCGAAGUAUCUGGGAAUCUGAAGGGAAUACAUGCCUUUCUUCACACUAGAACUCAUGCAUGCAUGCAUGCAUACAUUCCCCCCGUGGAUGCGUUGGCUUGGGAGCAGCAUCCCUGCAGGUGCACGUCACCAUGUUGGUGAUGGUGCAGCACAGCUGCAGAGGGAGACUUUAUGGUGCUGAAGAAUCUGCCUCUAUACAUGAAUGCCUGUCCUGAACACAUGCCUUUUCUCUGAACUUCAUCUUGUGUUGUAUGAACACUACGAAAAUGUGAUACCGCAGUGUGACAGCACAAUGAUUUUUACUGAUGUGACAUUCCUUUGAUUAUCCUUUUUCUAAAUAAAUAAAUCAUUGUUUUGUACUGAA